GGCGAGUUAGAUGUUAAAUGGAUCAAGUCAUGCUAACUUCGUUGCAGGAGUUUGGUGUUGCUUGAUGCCUAAUGCUUUAGCAGGAACAUACAUACUCCUUAACAUAAUGUUGAUUCCUUUCUUAGAACUUUUCUGGACAAUAUAUCAAUGCGCAUGUUUAUAAAGGGUUCUGAUUUUCUCAUCAAUCAGCAGGAAUUCUAUAAUGUGGCUCAACGAUUCCUUCUUCAAACUUUUGUCGACAAUUAGUGCCUAUAUUUUAAGAGGUUCCAGUGGUCAGUCGGCGGCGGCAUCUCCAUCGACCGUGAAAAUGGACCUCACUGAAUCGAUCAGAAAUCACACACAGGUUUCUUUCAAGCUAGCGAAGCACGUCUUCUCGACCGAAGUGAAAGGAGAUUCCAACCUUGUUUUCUCUCCUCUCUCAGUCCACGUCGUCUUGGGCCUAAUCGCCGCCGGCUCUAAAGGCCCGACGCUCCGCCAGCUGCUCGCUUUCCUCGGCUCCAACUCCUCCGAAGAUCUCAACGCGUUUUCGUCUCACAUCGUCACCGUCCUCUUCGCCGACGGAAGUGCCGCCGGUGGCCCUCUACUGUCGGCGGCGAACGGUGUGUGGAUUGAGCGCACUCUUCGCGUUAAGGAUUCCUUUAAGCAAGUCGUGGACUCUGUUUACAAAGCUGUUUCUGAAUCGGUUGAUUUCCGGCACAAGGCAAUUGAAGUGGUUAAUCAAGUGAAUUCCUGGGUUGCGAAGGAAACAAGUGGUCUUAUCAAAGAGAUACUCCCUGCUGGUGCAGUUGAUGCUACAACACAGCUCAUUUUAGCGAAUGCGUUGUACUUUAAAGGAGCCUGGGCAGAAAAAUUUAGUGCAUCAGAGACACAAGACCGAGAGUUCCACCUCCUUAGUGGCAGCUCCAUACAAGUCCCCUUCAUGAGCAGUAAGAAGAAGCAGUACGUGAAUGCCUGUGAUGGUUUCAAAGUUUUGGGACUACCCUACGAACAAGGCGAGGAUAAGCGUCGCCGUUUCUCCAUGUACUUCUUCUUGCCGGAUGCCAAGGACGGGCUCCCAUCCCUGAUGGGUAAGAUCACAUCUGAAGCCGGGCUUUUAGAGCACCACAUUCCCAAACGUCAAGUUGCAGUGGGGAAUUUUCAUAUCCCGAAGUUCAAAAUAUCUUUCGGCUUUGAAACUUCAAACACUCUGAAGGAGCUUGGGGUGGUGUUGCCUUUUGCUGGAGGGGGGCUCACUGAAAUGGUGCACUCCUCUGGUGUGCGAGGCGGUCUAUAUGUUUCAAAAAUCUUCCAUAAGUCUUUUAUUGAGGUUAAUGAGGAAGGCACAGAAGCUGCAGCGGUUACGGCAGCUGUUGUGAAGGCCCGGGGUUUCUUGGUGGAAGACAGAGUGGAUUUUGUGGCUGACCAUCCCUUUCUCUUUAUUAUCAGGGAGGAUUUGACCGGAGCCGUUGUCUUCAUCGGGACUGUGGCUAAUCCUCUUUCUGAUUAAUUAACCAAACUACGUAUACUUCAUGUUAACCGACCCCAAAAUCUUUUGGGACUACGACUUGGAUGUUGUUGUAUAUACGAAGUAUUAUGUAUGUUUCUGUAGUGAUUCAACAAUACCUACUAAGUUAUUAGUUGCUGGCAUGGCUAAAUGAAAUCUACUUUACAUGUAGUUCAAUGCCAAUUCCAUGCUCAAGCUUGUCAAUGCAUAUAAUUCAUAUCUUUGUUUCAUUUUUUCUCAUCCAAAAUAUAAAACCAUAUCA